AUGUGGAAGCGUGAGAGCUUUUGCCGACGACAGCUCCAGCACCGCCGACUCUCCCGCGAACGCAAACCCCACUCCAUCACUGCUCAUCUCCUCCGGGCUCCGAAACAGUCGUCCAGUGCGUGCCUUACACUCUCACAACCCACCAUGAACGCCCGCUUCCUCCGCCCCUUCACAAGGGCCGCUUUCCGCGCGCCCACGGCUGUCCGCCCCACGGCCAUGGCCCGUCCUGCGCUCGUGGCGAGCCAGACCAAGAAACCCGAGGUUGGCCCUCAGCAGAUGACUGUGUUGAAGUCGGCGAUGCCUCAGCUCAUCCCCUUCUUCUUUGUCAACGAGACCACCGUGGCCUUUAUCCUCCUGCCGUCGCUCAUCUACGUCUUUUCCAAGUACAUUCUGCCCAACCGUGUGCGCCUGUUCGCCGCCCGGCUCUUCAUCAGCAAGUUGUAG